AUGCCCAUCACCGCUGAGCCGGAGGUCGAGGCCAUUGACGAAGACGCGCCUUCUCGCUCUGCUCUCCGUAUCAUCGACGCCCUUGCCACCAACUUGCCGCCGACCCAGGUUUUCAACCCUCUUCGCCAGGUCCUCCAGAGCUACAUCACUUCUCCGGACCCGAACUUGCGCCGCGGUGGUCUGUUGGCGCUCGGCAUCUCCGUCGAGGGCUGUUCCGAGUUCAUGAUCCCGCUCAUGAACGGCGUCUGGCCCAUCAUCGACGCCGGUCUUCAAGAUGCCGACGCUAGCGUGCGCAAGGCGACCUGCAUUGCGGCCAUCAUGCAGCUCGUCCAGGACCCGCAGACCCAGCGCCAGGCUUGCACCGCUCUCGACGGUCUUCUCGAGAUCCUCCACGACGACAUCAAGCAGUACCUCCAGCUCUUCAUGGAGCGUCUUUCCGGCCUUCUCGAGACCGCGCCCAUCCCCGUCAAGACUGUCGUGAUGGGCGCCAUCCGCUCUGCCACCCACGCGUCGAAGGAGGGCUUCCUGCCGUACUUCCAGCCGACGAUGGAGCGCGUCAAGCACUUCCUUGUGCUCACUAGCGAGGGCGAGGAGCAUGACCUUCGCGGUAUCACCAUGGACGCCGUCGGCACGUUCUCCGAGGCAGUCGGCACGUUCUCCGAGGCAGUCGGCAAGGACGUCUUCCACCUGUACUACAACGACUUGAUGCAGCAGGCGUUCGCUGGUAUCGAGCUCGGCUCUGCCCGUCUUCGCGAGUGCUCGUUCCUCUUCUUUGGUGUCAUGGCCCGUGUCUACGGUGACGAGUUCGCGCCGUGGUUGCCGAAGGUUGUACCGGCUCUCAUCGCGAGCUGUAAGCUCGAGGAGGGUGGCAAGGAGCCCAUUGGUCUCUCAAACGCCGAGGCACUCGCUGCUUUCUCCGCGUCCGGCUGA